AUGCCAGCUACCAAUAAAAGUACCAAAAAAUCCGCGCACAAGUCUGCGGAGAAGGCCCCAGUCGCAGCGGUGCCUGCUGCAGAAUCAUCCUCAAAGCCCUCAAAAUCUCUGAAGAGAAAGAAGGAGGUCGAGCAUGCUGAGAGCAAACCAGAGGAGACUGAACCUGUUACUGUAUUCAAGAAGGUCAAGAAGGACGAUGUUCGAGAGAAAAAGCCCUCCACAGCACCCCAAACCUCAGAGGAUCAAGAAAUGAUUGUUGACCUGGUAGCAGAGAAACCAGCCAAGGAAAAGGCCGACAAAAAGAAGAAGUACACUGCGAAAGAGGUGGGAAAGCAUGUAGCAGCUUCUGAUGCCGAAGAAAAGACAGCAGAAAUUGCUAAAAAACCAAAAGGCGGGAAAGCCGUUGCGCCUGCUCCUCCAUCUUCUGAUCCUCCGGCCGCUCAAAAAAUCAAGGGUACUAAAAAAUCCAAGUCUUCAGAACCCAUCUCUACUUCCAUUUCACGGCCUCGCAAACCAGAAGCCUCCAAACCCAAAUCUAAGACCUCAAAGGUUGCUGUUCCCGAGCCCGAAUCAGAUGAGGAAGAAGAACCCGAAGAGGCUGAGCUUGAAGAAUCAAAUAACGAAUCUGACCUGCACGGAUUUUCAACGGACGACGAUGACUCCUCUGACGAAGAGGAUGCCAUGGACGAUGAACCAUCCGCGUUUGAUGUAGCGAAGCUGCCCACCGUUGCAAAGGACGAUGCAUCUGUCAAACGCAAGUUGGAGAAGGCCAAGAAACAGCCGAUUGAAGACACCGGUGUCCUGUUCCUCGGUCGUCUGCCCCAUGGAUUCUAUGAAGAUCAGCUCAAGGCCUACUUCUCGCAAUUCGGAAACGUUACGCGGCUACGGAUUUCUCGCAACAAAAAGACUGGGAAGUCGAAGCACUAUGGGUUCAUUGAAUUCGAUUCACUAGCGGUCGCCAAAAUCGUCGCCGAGACUAUGGAUAACUAUCUUUUGAUGGGCCAUAUUCUCCGGUGUAAACUCAUUCCCAAGGGAGAAGUUCACCCUGAGUUGUGGGUCGGUGCCAACAGGAAAUGGAGAGUUGUCCCAAAAGAACAAGUAGCCCGCGCAGAACACAACAAGCCUCGCACUCAAUCUGAGCAGGCUAAAGCGUCAAAACGACUUUUGAAGCGACAGGAAGAGCGCAAGCAAAAACUUGCCAAAGCUAAUAUCAAUUAUAAUUUCGAUGCUGUUAGUUAUAAAAAGCCUACCGAAAUCAAAGUGUGA